AUGGCCGGACAAGGAGGGCGGCUGGUGGUUCAUCUGCAAACAAGCUACCCUGACACGGUGAUAGAUCUGGGGAAAGUACUUUUAGGAGAGAGAGCCAGGAAAAAGACCUCUCAGAGCCAGAAGAUGCAGGCAGAGAACCUCGCUAGAGCAGCGUGUGCGCUGCUGAACUCGGGAGGAGGGAUAAUUCGGAUGGAGAGUGAAGGGCAGGAUUACAGCUUCCAGCAGCAGGGCCUGGGGCUGGACCUGGAGCAGAGCCUGAGGGGCUUUGUCACCAUGACUCCAGGUGAUACUGCUGACUUUCUGAGGAGGAAGGCAAGCUGGGCCAAGCACCUUGAUGGGGAUGGGCCAAGGGCCAAGAAAGCUCUGCUGAAUUCUGAUGGGGGAGCAGAGAAGACCCCUCAGACCAUCGAAGAGGCCGUCACCAGGUUUUUAAAGAGAGACAGACUGAUGGCUGGAGAGGUCCUGGGUUUCACAGAGACCACGUGUAUUGAAUUUAAGAACUUCUCUACAAGUUGUAUUUUGAAAUACAUUAACAAAAGCCUUCCAAAGUAUGUCUCUGCCUUCGGAAACACUGAGGGAGGGUAUUUAUUUUACGGAGUGGAUGACAACAGGACAGUCAUUGGAACCCAUAAUGUGCAGAAGGAAGCUUUACAAAAAGCAGUCGCUGACACCAUCGGCUCCCUGACCAUCCAUCACUUCUGUGGCUCCCAGGCUGGAGUGCAGUUCCAGACUUACAUCCAGAGUGUUUAUGACUCAGGAGGGACAUGGCAGGGCUACGUGUGCACCAUCAGGGUUGAGCCAUCCUGCUGCCCUGUUUUCCAUGAUGACCCUGAAUCCUGGAAGGUGACGAAUGGCAGGAUCGAAAGGCUGAGCCUCAGAGAGUGGGUGGAGCUGAUGACAGCUGCAGACCCAGAUGUCUCAAAUCUGGCUGAUAACUUUGCGAAUGAGCUCAGCUUGGCCAAUGGUCCUCCUCUUAUCAGGCCAGUUUAUUCAAAUGUUGGUCUCCAGAGUGUGUCUCAGCUCCAAGAACACCUCUACCCAGUGGGUUCUGAUGGAAUCAAAUGGAAGCCAGAAACCAUCUGUGCUGACCUGUUCUCAGAGUAUCCUGCAUUAGAGGAUUUAAUGAAGAAGGAAAUCCAUCCACUUAGCAAGGGAGUAUUGAUAUUUUCAAGAAGUUGGGCUGUUGAGAUUGGAUUGGAGAAAAAAAGGGAUGUUGUGUGUGAUGUUCUCUUAGUAGCUGAAAACACAUACCCAGUGUUGUACACUGUAGUGGGGAACACCUGUUCUGCUGAGGCUGAGAACUUGAGAGAAACAGCUUAUGCCUUAAAACAGAGACUGGUCAAUGAUGGCGGUUAUGCUUCCAAAGUGUGUGUCAUUCCCAAGAUACUGCACCUGAGUGGCACAGAGGAGCAGAUGGAAGUUGCAGGGGAUGACAUUCCCCAGCAAGAAGCCCAGGAAAACCUGUGUAAUCACACCAUCCUGUACCCAGAGGAUUAUGUCCUCACCUCCAGGGACAUCCCUGCUUUCCUGCGUGCACUUGUGAUUGUUGUACUGAGCUUUAAGUCCUACUUAAGUGACCAUCUUGGCUGUGAGGUUUUCAACCUUCUCACUCUCAAACAGUAUGAGCUGCUCUCCAAACACCUGCACAAAGCCAGGAAGCAGUUUGUCAUUGGUCUUCCUGGAACAGGGAAAACAAUCGUGGCUUUGAAGAUCAUUGAGAGAAUAAGAAAUGUUUUUCACUGUUCUGCAGAAGAGGUUCUCUACAUCUGUGAGAACCAACCCUUGAAGAAUUUUGUGGGGUAAGCAGUUAUGAACAAGAUCUGCCAGUCAGUGACACGUGUUACCUUCUUAAAACGGGUCUUCCCAGAAGUGAAACACAUUGUGGUUGAUGAAGCUCAGAAUUUUCGCUUGGAAGAAGGAGACUGGUACCAACAUGCCAAAGAGCUAGUGAAGAAAACAAAAGGCAUUCUCUGGAUCUUCAUGGAUUUCUUCCAGACCACUCACCCAUAUGAUUGUGGUCUUAACUUUUCAGAACUCUACCCUCAGGAAUGGUUGACUAAAAUGGUCCGUAACGCCAAGAAAAUAUGCAAUGUCAUGUUUGAUCUAAUGGAGAAAAUCCUCGAAGAACAGAAGACGAACAUGCCCUACGAGGUGCUGGGGGAGUUGUUGAAAGAGGCCACAUGUGCCCAUUCUCUGCCGGGUGACUACAUCCUGAAACCACCAAUGGAAAUAUCUGAGAUAGUGAAGUAUGUGAUCACAAACUGCGACAGCUACUUCAGGCAAGGCUAUCGCCUCAAAGACAUUGCAAUCCUGUGCAGCACUGGGGAUGCAGCUGAUUUUUUUCACUGCCAACUGGAAACAGAGCUAGGAAGGCAAAAAAAAAAAAGCAUCAUGAGGUUCCUGAGGAGAGCUGAGGAAGUUUCAGAAAACUGCAUCGUCCUUGACAGCAUCCGACGCUUCUCAGGCCUAGAAAGGAGGAUUGUGUUCUGCAUCCACCCUGUCCCUGCACAAGAGAAGAUAUCUCGCAACCUCCUGCUCUGCGCGGCCUCCAGAGCACACACCAAGCUCCAUGUGCUGUACCACAGAGAAGAGAUGUUCUUGAGUGAAAUAUCUUUCGACGACACAACUACACCCAUGGACACUGGAAUGUUCAGUUCCUGA